CUGACUACCAUCAUCACCUUGCUUUGGCCUCGGCAAACAAUCUUCCUACGGCUGCUCAUCAUUGCGCCAUUCCCACCUACUUACAUUCGCUCCCUCAUCUGCCCAUCUUUGACACUCUCGCGCACGCCACCCGGGGCUUACACCCCACCGCCCUCCCGCCCUCGUGGUUCGCCGCCACCAUGACCCCUCGCUCAGCCUUCAUUUUGCUGUACUGCCUGUGCACAGCGGCAGCUGGCGGCGCCGUUGAUGUUCAUGCGUCAAUUUCAAGCACUUCUAACGCAGCGACAGACAAUCCCACCAUCUUCGAUCGUCUUGGGUCCCUCCUGUCGCCUCUGAUCCCAAACGGUGACACACCAAAUCGUCAAGGCCUCGCGCAGCAGGGCUCGUCUUUCCUCUGGGGUGAAGGGUCACUCGAAGUCGUCAGGACACAAGCACUAUAUGCCACCCGCCCAGCAGCUUUUGGUCCGCACAUCGCCAACGAUGAAGGACUAAGAGGUCACCUUAUCCCCAUCUCCACCUUCUGGCACGAGAGAGCGCCUGCGGGCAAGGAGGAUAUCACUGCUGGGACUAGUGGCAGGGACGGUGUCGACCCCAUCUUCGGCUGCCCUGUCGAGGGUGGACCCGGCUGGAAGCAUGACUCCCAUGCAUCCUCCGAUGAGGAGCAGGACUUCUGGUUGGAAGUCGCAGACAGUGAGCACAUGCAGAGCAAUCAAGCACCUCACUACGCCACCUCUUCAGGCCAAGGCUCGCAGGCCACUUUCGAAGGUCGCUCCCUCAGUCCAGACCUCAAGAAUAGCACUGCACCGCCAUCCGACUGGAUCGCCCUAGUCUCACGGGGCAAUUGUCCUUUCGUGUCCAAGAUCAGACUGGCUCAAGCAUUGGGAGCCCGUGCUGUCGUUGUUGGCGAUCAGAGCCCGCCCGAGCCAGCACAUCGCACACCUUGGGGAUGGGAGGAGCCAGAAGACGAUGAUCUCCCUCGUCUACUGACUAUGUUUGCUCAGGGCGACGUCAGUGACAUCGAAAUUCCCAGCACUUUUGUCUCCUGGAGGAGCUUUGAGGACCUCAAGAGACUUUACAGCGACGGUGAACCGACAAAGGGUGUAGAGAUCAUACUCAGCCGCGACGACACUCUCUUCGAGUGGCCUCUGCUCAACUUGGCACUGCUCCUCCUCAUGCUGCCCUCACUGAUGACUCUUUCGACAGUGAUCGUGCACAAGCUGCGCCAGAUCCAGCGUCGCCGCAAAGAGCGAGCACCCGAGCUCGUUGUGCUCAAUCUACCUUGUGCUAUCUGGGAUAAAGGAGGAUUGAAAUGGGAUGAGGAUGCUCAGAAGGAAGCUCGUGCAACCGUCUACCGGGACGACGUCGAGGCUGGACCUACGAGCUCGACGACUCUGCCCUCCACCGCGAGCGAGGCUGCGGAAGCAGCAGGCGAGUCUUCUUCUGCCGCCGACCAGCGUCUCUACUACUCGGCGGACGAAUGCGCUAUUUGCCUAGCCAACUUCGAAGACGGUGAGCGUGUAAGGCUCCUGCCCUGCCAGCAUCUCUUCCACAAGGCCUGUAUCGACGAGUGGCUGAUCAAGAUCAAGAAGUUCUGCCCAAGCUGUCGUCGAGAUAUUACGGUGCCAGUUCCGCCUGCCCCUUCCGCUGUCAGUCCCGGUGCUGCAGGAGAGGCAGAGACGCCGCUUGCUACAGCUAUGCUACCGGGUUCGUCGGCGAGUGGGCCGAGUGAGGCCGAGGGGAGCGCCACCGCUGUCAUCGAGUCUCGGAUGGAAGAGGCGGCUCAGACUGACGUGACGGAUGGUCGAGCCAACGAGAGCAUUCCUCUGUUGAGUGAUGGUGAGCGGAGAGGUUGGGAGGGGGAGUAGAAAGCUUUGUUAGAG